CUUGUCACACUGAACCACGAUUUUUUUUCUACCCUUAGUCUCUGGCAGGAGACUGAGCAAUAGACUGAAUCUUCUAGCUUCCCAUGUGAAACUCUUAACUGGUGAAAGCUGACUGCGAACGGACCCUGAGUAUAGAAAGGACCCCAGAGCAGGCAACCAGGACGAUGCAGCAAAUGGAGGUAGCGGAUUAUGUUAAUGAGAGACCAAGACGUGAGCAGAAACGCAGUGGGGAUGGAUAUCCAACAGGGAGAAGACUCUGUCAACUGCUUUUCCUCGGCUUUGGCGUGCUGUGCAUUGUACAAGUCAUUCUCAAUGUUUCUCUACGCCUUACAGUGUCAUCGAGCAAGGAAUCAACCCACUCGGACUGCAACACAACUCAUUUUUGUGUCCAGAACAAUACAAAGAUGGUGCCAAAGGACUGUGAGGGAAAGAGGCCUGACCACUGCAACGGAUUGCAAGAGAGGUUCAACGCCUUGACUGCAGAGAAAAACGAGCUUCAGAACAGAAACAAUGACCUCACCAACAGGUUGAGGAACGUGGAGGAGGAGAGGGACAGGCUGAAACAGAGGCUGGGGGUGCCGAGUGGUUGUGUGUCCUCUCAGCAGUGUCCUGCAGAUUGGAGUGAGAUUAACUCCAGAUGUUAUUUCCUCUCCACUGAGAAGAGGACGUGGGAGGACAGCAGGAAAUACUGUCAGAGUAAAGAUGCUGACCUGGUGGUGAUCAACAGCGAACAGGAGCAGAGGGCCUUGUACCGUCUGGAUGGGGAUGCUGACCUUUUGUUCUGGAUCGGUCUUAGUGACACAAAAGGGACCAACAGGUGGACAUGGGUGGAUGGAUCUGAGCUGACCAAAUCGUUUUGGCAGUCUGGACAGCCGGAUCGCAGUCCCACUAAGGUAGAGGACUGUGUGGAGAUGUAUCACCUCAACCCAGUCCAGGCCAACUGGAAUGACGCCCCCUGUCGAGUCCAGCGUCGCUGGCUGUGUGAGAGAGAGCUGUGUCCACGUGUGCGUAAUGUGUCCAUGGUUGAGCAGGAUAAAAAGAGAGAAAGAAAUCUAGAGCUAGAGAGAGAGGCUGAGAGAGAGAUGCUCCCAGAGAUGCAAUAA